AUGACCGUACAAGAACCUGCUGGCGGUGUGCAAGGAGAAGUGGUGGAGGGGCGCCAGCCGAGCUCUAAUGGUAAUGAGGACAUUGGCUCGCUUCAGAGAAUUGUGUGUAAUUGAGCUAAUGAAAGCAUUCUGUUGUCCCUGAUUGAACACGUGCCCCAAUGUAUUCCUUCAAGGAGCAACAUGUGUCUUUGUCCUUUAUCUCGCUCUCCCUUUUCUCUCCCUCUCUCUUUCGCUAUCUCCCCCUCUUAUGGCUGACCUUGUGAAGGGCACGGUGACUGAGUGUCCUCUUUAACUGGUUUCAGCUCAGAAGAGAGAGGAUUGUCUGUUGGACUCUUCGAUGAACUCUCUAACAGUUGUUUUCUCUCUCUGUGUGUGUGUGUGUGUGUGUGUCUGUGUGCGUGUGCGUGUGCGUGCGCGCAUACACCCGCGUGUGUGUUGGCAUGUAUGUGUGUGUGUGUAUCCAUAUCCCCCUGGCAGAUUGGCCGGUGGCAUUCAGAGCAGGGUCUGUCCAUGGAGAGGAAGCUUCAAUCAAUCAACGUGACAGACACUCUCUUCAACACCACCCUCACCAUCACCACUAUUCUGGUGAGUGAACCGUCACGGCAACACACUCCCAAUGACACACGUUCUGGACAUUCCACUUGGUUCAUAAUGGAGAGAGUGGUAGACAUUAAAGUGCAGUGGGGUAAUAUUUCUCCAUGUUACACCGUCACACUCAGAACAGGACAUGCAAGCGUACACUCCACUUGGUUUACGAUGGAGAGAGUGGUAGAUAUUAAAGUAUAGUGACGUAGUAUUUCGCCCGUAGUAAAUCAUGUCACCCUGUCACACCGUCACACCAGCACACUCCGAAUGACAGAUAUGUGCUGGAUCACCCACUUGGUUUAGAUAUAGAGAGUGGUUGACAAUAAGGUGUAGUGGGGUGGUAUUUCACCAUGGCACCUAAAGCUGUCCUGUCCUAUUUAAGUAUAGUGCCUGUCAUUCAUAGAGUUGACAUCUCUGUCUUGAGGGCGGCAGGUAGACUAGAAAAAAAUCAGUUGAUGUGCCCUUGAGCAAGGCACUUAACCCUAAUUGCUCCCGUAAGUCGCUCUGGAUAAGAGCAUCUGCUAAAUGACUACAAUGUAAAUGUUGAUCUGCCCUGACUCUGAAGGCUUCCUUGAUGUAAAUACAGUCUCAUCCUCUAUAUAUCCUCUCAGGAAGGUGUAUUGCUGGUGUGCUUAGCGGGCCGAGUUGUUUAGAUACUAUCUAUAAGGCGAUACGCUUAGCAAUUAAAGAUGUAAUCCGUGUGGUGGUUGACAGCCUGUUAUUUGGCAGCAAUUUUCCAGGGCAUGGAGGAAAGUGGGUAUCGGUCUGAGGAGGAAAUUGAGCUUUUCUCCUCUCCUCACAUUCGCACACCCUGCGGAGAGAUCCUUUCUCUUCAUUGAGCUAGGUCACGCUGCUUUUCUGCAGCCCGCUGAGGACUGUGGGAGUUUUUUUGACUGAAAAACACUGGGGUUCAAUAUAGCCAUUCAUACAACAGAUUCUGAUUGGCUGCAACAGUGUUCUAGCUACACUGGGGUUCAAUAGAGCCAUGCUACUACUGGCUAGCCCAGGCCUGCUAGCGCUUACAUCACUGCUGAUUGGGCGCAUGCGUGAAAGUUAGCCAGAGAAAUCCUCAUCGUCCUCCCUCUACCACUACUUGAUGAAUCAAAAGAUAAGCCCAAAGUAUCUUGUAAGGAGAGCCCAAAUGUCCGCAAUGUUAUUCGCAAUGUCACGCUUACCAGUUAAGAGCAGAGGUGGAAUAAAGUGUGUCUGUGUUAACCCGCGACUUAAGAAAAAGGUCUCAUUGAGAAUGAUUGGGAUUGAGGUGGAAUGGUUCCGUUGGUUUCACCGACCGCGGGGGCUUCUUUAUCAAAUGAGGAGCUGUUACAACGGUGGCUGAGAGAGAGAGAGAGGGGGGGGGGGGGGGGGGGGGGCAAUUGAGCUGCUACCUGUUUAUUUCGCUAUAUAUAUAGAGUUGUCCAGGCAAAUUUCAAAAGCCACCAAGGAGCAAUUUUGUCGCUAUCACAACUCACUCAUCACUGCGUGAUUGCUUUGUUGCGCUUUAUCUCUGCCGGUGGGGGCGGGCUAGACGCUGCAGUCUUGAGCGGCUGCAGUGCGGAGCGGCACCAGGAGGAUUCAUCUCUCCUGCAGACUGUUUCAGUACAGUUAUGCACACUGUCACCAUGGCCUCUGUGACUCAGAGAGCCGACGCAAUACAGAAAACAACCUCCCCCACCGACCCCACCUCUCUGGAAAAAAAAAAUGUUUCAAUUGAUUUUGCACCUCCACAGACCCCAGACAUUACGUUGUAAUCUCUCUGUUUGUUACCGAUGUUUAGUUUUUCCAUCCUUUGGAUGUUAGUGAAAUAAAUACUUGCGAUAGCUCUUCCGCUGUGCCACUAGGAGAGGUGGUAUUUCUGAACUCCUGAUUGCUCUGGGAAGAUAAUAGAGACUUUGCUCUAAGUUGAUUUGUUUUUAAGCCAUUUUUGAUUGGCUGGCUCAGGCCUCUUUAGGAGAGAGAGUGUCACCAAAGCGAUGUCACCUUCAGGCUUCAGACCACAGUCACAUGGUCAGUUAAGUGUAGUGUAAUCCUAGUUUAUGAUUGUUCAGGAGGGUCAGGGUUGAUUAUUCCCAUCAUCCUCUCUGCUCAGUCAGUGUGAGCAAAGAUGACCACCUGUCAAUGACCACCCCUUAAUGGGGAAACUGCCACAUCCAUUUGCGAUAUUACAACAACAAAGAAGUUACUGCAAACAACAAACACUGUUAUUUUCCCCCUCGGACAUCAUUGCAAGCGCAAUAAAACAGCAGGAUACAGUUAACUACCAAAAUAAUGGAAUCACUUGAGUAAAUGAGGGAUAGAAUGUACAUUGAAAGCAGGUGCUUCCACACAGGUGUGGUUCCUGAGUUAAUUGAGCAAUUAACAUCCCAUCAUGCUUAGGGUCAUGUAUAAAAAUGCUGGGCAGGCCAUUAUUUUGGCUACCAUGGCUAUGCCACCAUAGGAUGACAAUGCCCCCAUCCACAGGGCAUGAGUGGUCACUGAACGAUUGAAUGAGCAUGAAAACGAUGUAAACCAUAUGCCAUGGCCGUCUCAGUCACCAGAUCUCAACCCUGUUGAACACUUAUAGGAGAUUCUGGAGCGCCGCCUGACACAGCGUUUUUCACCACCAUCAACAAAACACCAAAUUAUGGAAUUUCAUGUGGAAGAAUGUUGUUUCAUUCCUCUAAAAUAGUUCCAGACACUAUUAAGACACUUGGUAUGUUGGUUUAUUUUGGCAGUUAACUGAAUGUACUGCAAUGUUUUUUACCAUGACGCUCGAAGCUCCCAACCUCUGCUUCGUCAAUAAAUGAAAUGAAAUAACAACGGUGUGGGGCGGACAUUGUUUCCCCCUGCUGCGAAUUCCAUCUUUAAACGUUUGCUUGAGUCUACUUGGAGUGCCAGAUGGGCAGGCUUUUCACUUUUGAGACUAUUUCACUGGUUCCAUUGUGGCAGAAGCUCAAUCAAGCACAGCUAAAGUAUUUGAAAGAUUUCAGGCAUACAGGGCGUUAGCGCCAAUACAUGUCCUUGUUACAGAAUAACAAUACCUGAGAGCGGAUUAUAAGACGGUGGCUUUUAGAUAUACUGUGGGUUUUACUUACAUUAUUACCUUGUGAGAGAGAAGUGUCAUUCAGCAGCAUUGCAGUUCUUGACACACUAACCGGUGCACCUGGCACCUACUACCAUACCCCGUUCAAAGGAACUUAAAUAUUUUGUCUUGCCCAUUCACCCUCUGAAUAGCACACAUACACAAUCCAUGUCUCAAUUGUCUCAAGAUCCUUCUUUAACCUGUCUCCUCCCCUUCAUCUACACUGAUUAAAGUGGAUCAUAGCUUUCACCUGGAUUCACCUUGUCAGUCUAUGUCAUGGAAAGAGCAGGUGUUCUUAUUGUUUUGUAAACUCAGUGUAUAUUUGAGCUGCCAGUUCGCUAUAGGCUCCAGACCACAGAAUUGUAUUUUCUGGAGGAUGGGGGGAAUUGCGAGGCUAGGGGGUUGUGACUGCUCCUUGAACCAGACCCGGGUUCAAACAGUAUUUGUUUUCUUUCAAAUACUUUGCACGUUUGAUUGAGCAUGCCUGGAGUGCCAGAUGGGUGAUGUUUGCACUUUUGGGACUAUUCCAUUGGUUCCAUUGUGCCAAGGAAGCUCAAUCAAGCGCAGCUAAAGUGUUUCAACUAUAGUGAAUACUAUUCGAACCCAGGUAUGACUUGGUACACCUUAAAAAUAGAGAAUUUUCUGACUGUCGUGUGUAGUCGAUUUGUUUAGGUUUCUAGGCUCAGCUCGUGGGUGAUGUUUCCCCCUGGUACAGAUCUAUGAUCAGCUUUCCCUCCCCCAAUCCUAACCGUAACCAUUAUUGGACAAAAUGCAUCUGGCAUGGGUAGAGUAAGGUUUUGUGUGUGUGGGGGGGGCAUGGAACACUGGCAUCACUCAGCUGGAGUUAUCUGCACCCAACCAGACUCCUGGCAAUGGAAAAAAGGGGAGCAUGUUUUUAGAGAUACAGAAAUGCUGCAUUUCCUCAUAUCUUGAAAUGCACCAUUUCAUAGAAUUGUCUGUGGUAUAUUACAAAAGGUAGAUAGAAUUUCCCUGUGAUUUCAAUGAAUGCCUCUGACAUUGAUGUAUGUAGGUAGAUCGGUAAGCAUUCACAAACAGUGGUGAAUUAUGCAACAUUAGGAGUUAGACAUGACAACAUUCCAAAUCCCCUGUCAUGUAUUCCACACAGAGAGAGAGAGAGAGAGAGAGAGAGAGAGAGAGAGAGAGAGAGAGAGAGAGAGAGAGAGAGAGAGAGAGAGAGAGAGAUUAUUGAUUAAUGUCUGGGUUUUACUCCCAUGAUUGAAGGGUCAGAGCCAGCUCUUAAUUACAUUUUUCUGCAGGUUUUUAUUUAUUUAUUUAUACAGGGUGGGUCAUCAUUGAGACCAGGGUCUCAUUUACAAGGAGCCCUGUGAACAUGAACAUACACAAUACAAUUGAAUACAACAUAAUGUAAAAUAACAAAAUAAUAAAAUAACAAUAUCAAUACAAUACAUACAACAAGAUUAAUCAAAGCAAACACAACUCUCACAUAUCACUUCCCUUAAACUCCAUCUAAACUGUCCAAUGGGGGCCUUCAGGCUAUUCCAUGAGCUGGUGGCAUAAGAACUAAAAGCAUUUUACCCCAGCUCAGUGGAGACCUGCGGGACCUCCAGAACCAGCCAAUCCAGAGAGCGGGUCUGAAAAUUGCUGGAUCUCCAAUUAAUACAUGAGCUGAGGUAGUUAACCAGGUCACCAACCGAGGAUGUUCUUCCCCACCUCUAUAGAGUCUCCUAAUAGUGGGGACUGUUGGGGAGAUAAAUAUAGAAUUACUUUGCCUCCCUUUCACACUCAUCAAUCAACUAGUGAGAGCUAGCCGAGAAAUUAUGGGCCGCAUUUAAUUAAGCGCAGCGGCCCACUCCUCUCUGUCGCCGGGGGUGUGGAGACUUAUUAAUUGAAUCCAGAAGGUUUGUUUAUCCAUUUCCAAGCUUUCUCCCUUGAAACCCCCGCAGUGUAAUGUACAACUGGCCCGUGAAAUGCUGGCCCGUGAAAUGCUACUCCUUAAUAAGCCCUAGUUUGGGAGGGGAAAGGGAAAGCGUCCAUCCGGCUGCAAUGGUUGAGCGCUGCUGCGAGCGAUGAAAUAAUUAGCAUUUAUAUUGUGCCUUCCUGCAUGGCGCCGCAUAACCACAGCAGAGGUGUCAACUCAGGGGCAGAAAGGGAACAUGCGUGGCUGUUUAAUAAGUUAAUGAAUGGAGAGGAUUUGCAUUUAUAGAGUGUUACUGUGCUCUGACUCAGGGCCCGAAAGGCUCACCUGCAUGCAUACGUUCAAAACAUCCGCCAGUCUCUCCCUCCAUCUGAUACUGAUGAGUAUGUCCACUAAAAGCAGCACUUAGAAUGUGCUCGGAUUCAGUGACCUCAGAUAUGAUGCAGAGAAGGCUAGGAAAACCCUAUUCUAGUUUCUCUAUUGCUAUUCUCUUAUCGGUGUAGCGCAAAGCAGUGUGUGCACUGAAAACCCCAGCGAGGUGGAGGGGGGGGGAGAGGCCAUAGAAGACUAAUCAAGUGUAAGGGAAACCGAUCCAGUAGUACCACAGGUAGAAGAACUGUUGUUGCCAUGGUGACAGGAUGGUCGGUGGCAGUGUGAUGUGUCAUCCUCUUUGAGGUCUCCGGUUUUCCACUUUGUGUCAUAAUGGAGGGACGCCGCUUCGUACUGUGAGACGAAUCCAUCUCCCGGUCACCAGUCAACACAAAAGCCACCCCAAUAGAAGUAUGACAGAGCAAUUUCACUGUUUGCCUUGUGUUCCAUCUAUAUUUCUCUAAAUCAGACAGUGAGAUUUUUCUCUCUCUCGACUUAAGUAUAAAGCUCACUGUUACAGGGAACAGGUUAAAAAGGCUGCCUGUUACAAGGCUGGCUUCACUCUGUAAAACUGACAUGUUGCGAAGGUGACAAUGUUCGGCUCAAUUUAUGAAGUCCUCUCCAACAAUGUCAUUAGAAGGCUCCCACAUAAAAAAAAUACUAGAGUUUACUAUAGAAUACUACAGUAUUUACUAUAGAAUUCUGUAGUAAACUGUAGGAUACUGUAGAAUACUAUACACUGUAGUAUCCCUCGAUCAUGUGUAGUACUUAGUAUAGAAUGUUGUAGAAUACUAUAGUAAACACUACAAUAUUAUCCAUUAAAAAAAACACUGUAGUAAAUACUACAGAAAUGUCUGCAAAAACACAUUUAAAAAAAACAAUAGUAAAUAUUGCAGUAUUUAAUUUGCAUAUAUCCUGCCCAUUCCCCUCCCCCAUAUGCCAAUUUGUGCCACCCGUAAGAAACCUACAUAUAGACCAUAUAUUGUGUUCCUUACAGGUUAUAGAAAAUAGCAAAUGCUCUGAACUCUCUGUUCAGAACCCAGUCCUACCUACCUACAGGUUAUGGAAAAUGUGAUCUUUUAGCAUUUCUCCAGUAGGUUUCCUCAAGGAGAAAGCCCCCCACUUGUCAAAGAUAAUAAAACAGAAACACUUUACUAAAAACUAUGGUAAUGUCCCCAAAACCACUACAGUAAAUAAUACAGUAUACUGUACUACAGUCCGCAAAAACACUACAGUAAAUACUACAGUAUACUACAGUCUGCAAAAACACUACAGUAAUUACUAUAGUAUAUACUACUCUUUUUUACUACAGUAUUUAUACUAAAGUAAACAGUAAAUACUACAGUAUACUACAGUAAAUAUUACAGUAUUCACUGUAGUGUUUUUGUGGACUUCAGUCUUCAGUCCGCAAAAACACUACAGUGAAUACUACAGUAAAGUCCGCAGAAAUAUUACAGUGAAUACUAUAGUAUUCCUACAAUAGUAUACACUAUAGUAUUUUUCCAUGUGGGCUGCAGCAUUCAAGAUUUGAUACAUGCUUUAUUAAAGUAUUCUCCAAAAAAAGCAAGCGCAUUUAGUAUUUUAGCUAUGGUGUCUGGCGUAAAAUGUGGACCCCUGAUUGGUUGAUAAAUCUCUCUUAACCCCCCAAAUUUAAAUCAUUGAGCUGCUUGCUCAACAUUAUGAAAAAACGAAUCGUAAAUUAGGAACAAACUAUAAGAAAGAGUGAGUCAGUCAAAGACAGGGUUGUAAAACAGUCAGCGGAGGUGCCAGACAGAGGCUUUUGUUCUCCCGCCAAGUACGGUGGUGAAAUUAAUUGAUGUACAGUGGGGGAAAAAAGUAUUUAGUCAGCCACCAAUUGUGCAAGUUCUCCCACUUAAAAAUAUGAGAGAGGCCUGUAAUUUUCAUCAUAGGUACACGUCAACUAUGACAGACAAAUUAAGAAAAUAAAAUCCAGAAAAUCGCAUUGUAGGAUUUUUAAUGAAUUUAUUUGCAGAUUAUGGUGGAAAAUAAGUAUUUGGUCACCUACAAACAAGCAAGAUUUCUGGCUCUCACAGACCUGUAACUUCUUCUUUAAGAGGCUCCUCUGUCCUCCACUCGUUACCUGUAUUAAUGGCACCUGUUUGAACUUGUUAUCAGUAUAAAAGACACCUGUCCACAACCUCAAACAGUCACACUCCAAACUCCACUAUGGCCAAGACCAAAGAGCUGUCAAAGGACACCAGAAACCAAAUUGUAGACCUGCACCAGGCUGGGAAGACUGAAUCUGCAAUAGGUAAGCAGCUUGGUUUGAAGAAAUCAACUGUGGGAGCAAUUAUUAUGAAAUGGAAGACAUACAAGACCACUGAUAAUCUCCCUCGAUCUGGGGCUCCACGCAAGAUCUCACCCCGUGGGGUCAAAAUGAUCACAAGAACGGUGAGCAAAAAUCCCAGAACCACACGGGGGGACCUAGUGAAUGACCUGCAGAGAGCUGGGACCAAAGUAACAAAGCCUACCAUCAGUAACACACUACGCCGCCAAGGACUCAAAUCCUGCAGUGCCAGACGUGUCGCCCUGCUUAAGCCAGUACAUGUCCAGGCCCAUCUGAAGUUUGCUAGAGUGCAUUUGGAUGAUCCAGAAGAGGAUUGGGAGAAUGUCAUAUAGUCAGAUGAAACCAAAAUAGAACUUUUUGGUAAAAACUUGUCGUGUUUCGAGGACAAAGAAUGCUGAGUUGCAUCCAAAGAACACCAUACCUACUGUGAAGCAUGGGGGUGGAAACAUCAUGAUUUGGGGCUGUUUUUCAGCAAAGGGACCAGGUUGACUGAUCCGUGUAAAGGAAAGAAUGAAUGGGGCCAUGUAUCGUGAGAUUUUGAGUGAAAACCUCCUUCCAUCAGCAAGGGCAUUGAAGAUGAAACGUGGCUGGGUCUUUCAGCAUGACAAUGAUCCCAAACACACCGCCCGGGCAACGAAGGAGUGGCUUCGUAAGAAGCAUUUCAAGGUCCUGGAGUGGCCUAGCCAGUCUCCAGAUCUCAACCCCAUAGAAAAUCUUUGGAGGGAGUUGAAAGUCCGUGUUGCCCAGCGACAGCCCCAAAACAUUUUUUACAUUUACAUUUUAGUCAUUUAGCAGACGCUCUUAUCCAGAGCGACUUACAGUUAGUGAAUGCAUACAUUUUUUUAUUUUAAUUUUUUUAUAAAAAAAAAAAAAAAACUCCUACCCCCUGUGGGAAUCGAACCCACAACCCUGGCGUUACAAACGCCAUGCUCUAUCAACUGAGCUACAUCCCUGCCGGCCAUUCCCUCCCCUACCCUGGGCCAAUUGCGCGCCGCCCCAUGGGUCUCCCGGUCGCGCCGGCUACGACAGAGCCUGGAUUUGAACCAGGAUCUCUAGUGGCACAGCUAGCACUGCGAUGCAGUGCCUUAGACCACUGCGCCACUCGGGAGUCAUGACAUCACUGCUCUAGAGGAGAUCUACAUGGAGGAAUGGGCCAAAAUACCAGCAACAGUGUGUGAAAACCUUGUGAAGACUUACAGAAAACGUUUGACCUGUGUCAUUGCCAACAAAGGGUAUAUAACAAAGUAUUGAGAAACUUUUGUUAUUGACCAAAUACUUAUUUUCCACCAUAAUUUGGAAAUACAUUCAUUAAAAAUCCUACAAUGUGAUGUUCUGGAUUUUUUUUUUCUCAUUUUGUCUGUCAUAGUUGACGUGUACCUAUGAUGAAAAUUACAGGCCUCUCUCAUCUUUUUAAGUGGGAGAACUUGCACAAUUGGUGGCUCACUAAAUACUUUUUUUCCCCACUGUAUAUGUGACCCUAGAUACAGUGGGUAUAGAAAGUUACCACCCCCUUUAAAAAUGUUCACCUUUUGUUGCCUUACAGCCUGAAAUGAAAACACAUAAAAUGUGACUUUUUCCAGUUUAUUUACACACAGUAACCCACAAUAUCCAAGUGGGAUUUUCUUUUUUUUUACUCUGAAAAUUGUUUCAAAUUAAAACAGUCAAAUACCCUAUUUGGAUAAGUGAACACCCCCCUGAGUUAAUACUUAACCACCUUUUGCUUGAAUUACAGCCAUGAGUCUCUUUGAAUACGUCUCUACUAACUUUGCACACCUAGACAGUGCAAUAUUUGCCCAUUCUUCCUUGCAGAUUUGUUCAAGCUCAGUCAAAUUGCAUGGUGACCGCUCAUGGACUGCACUCUUCAUUCUCAAUGGGAUUUAGGUCUGGGCUCUAACCAGGCCACUCAAGGACAUUCAGCCACUGUACGGUUGCUUUGGCGGUGUGCUUUGGGUCACUGUCAUGUUGAGACAUGAACCAUCUUCCCAUUUUCAAUUUCCUAGCAGAGGGCUGCAGGUUCUCCUCAAGAAUCUGUCGGUAUUUUGCACUGUCCAUUUUCCCUUCUAUCCUGACAAGUGAUCCAGUUCCUGCUGAAGAGAAACACCCCCACAACACGAUGCUGCCACCGCCGUGCUUUACUGUAGGCAUGGUGUUCUUUGGGUGGAAAGAUGUAUUGGGUUUUCACCAGACAUAUCGUUUUGCGUUCAGGCCAAAAAGUUCAAUUUUGGUCUCAUCUGACCACAGCACCUUUUGCCACUUGGCCUCGGAAUCGACAAUGUGCUUUUUGGCAAAGCUUUUUGACAAAGCUCAAACGAGAGUGGUUUUUUUCUUGCCACCCUCCCAUAGAGGCCAGAUUUGUGGAUCGCUUGUGAUAUUGUGGUCACAUGCACACAUUCACCAGUCUUUGCCAUAAAGGCCUGAAGCUCCUUCAAAGUCGGCAUUGACUUCUUGGUAGCCUCUCUGAACAGUCCCCUCCUUGCCCGGUCAUCCCAUUUGGAGGGACGGCCUGAUCUAUGCAGGGUCUGGGUGGUGCCAUACGCCUUCCACUUCUUAAUAAUGGUCUUAACUGUUCUCCGAGGGAUAGACCUUUGAAAUCUUUUUAUAUCCAUCCCCUGACUUGUGCCUUUCCACAACUUUAUCUCGUAGAUCUUUUGAAAGUACCUUUCCGCCCAUAGUGGAUUAUUUGCAUUGAAUUGCACUACUAAGCAGUGGAGUCCUCUAUGAACAACUGCUUUUAUUCUGAACUAAUCAAAGUCACUACAAUUGAUCACAGAUGGAAGCCAAUUAGCUUGAUUUGUGAUCUGGAAGGUGGUUGGUUAUACCUCAGCAGGUUUUCAAUUGCAAUUCUAAGGGGGUUCACUUAUCCAAAUAGGGUAUUUGACUGUUUUACUUUUAAUUAAUUUUCAGAGUUUUUUUGAUUUUUUUCUCCCACUUGGAUAUUGUGGGUUACUGUGUGUAAAUAAAGCUGGAAAAAGUUUAAUUUUAUGUGUUUUCAUUUCAGGCUGUAAGGCAACAAAAGGUGAACAUUUUGAAUGGGGGUGGUGACUUUCUAUAUCCACUGUAUAUGCUCAUUGGCUCCUAUUUAAAACGAAUGACCUCUGGUGAGAGAGUGUCCACUGUCCAGACAGACAACUUGCUAAAAUCAAGUUGUCAAGAUUGAGAUGAUGUUAUGCUAUGCUACACUAGGUUAGGCUAUACUAUGCUAUGUUUAUUGUUGUGAAUUCGGGGGGGCUGCCCCAGCCUGGACUCAAACUCGGGUCCAGUGACUGUCAAGCUAACACCUUAAACGUUACGCAAAUAGGUCAGAGGUUGCAAGGUAUUGGGUUAAGGUCGCCACAUUAUCAUGGUGUUCUACAUGUGCUCUGCUACAUCUGUAUCCCUCUGCAGGAGAACCCUUACGUGAUGCUGCGACCGAACCACCAGGAGAUGGAAGGGAAUGAGCGCUAUGAGGGCUUCUGUGUGGACAUGCUGAAGGAGCUGGCGGACAUCUUGAAGUUCAAGUACCGUAUCAAUCUGGUGGGGGACGGGGUGUACGGGGUAUCGGGGACCAACGGUACCUGGACGGGCAUGGUGGGAGAGCUCAUCUCCAGGGUAAGAGCAACAGCUUCCUAUAGUAAACAUUAUUCUUAGGGCCAGGAGUUUUUCCCGACCAACUGACUUGACCGGGAAAAACUCUGGGCCCUACCAUCACCAUCCAUCUCCCUACCAUUUACCCCCCCUCUACCACUUCACAGCAUAAUGCCACUCGAACUAUAGACCAAUUCAUCAAACUUUCAAUCAAAUGUUAUUAAUGUAGCCUUUUUAACAAAAACAUGUCACAAAGUGCGUUAUAGUAAUCAGUACUAUUUACAGCCAUUACUGUCAAAUCACCCCUAACAAAUCCCUAACAUCCUACAAACAUCCAGCACCCGUAUGCACAGGUUGUACAACUGAUGUACAACGGAUUUGACACAAUGGUUGUGCUACAACUGAUACUUUAUGUUCGUGAUACAAUGGAGAGUUUGUCGUCACAGAAAUGUGUACACAACCAUUGUGUGCGGCAGGUAGCUUAGUGGUUAAGAGCGUUGUGCCAGUAACCGAAAGGUCGCUGGUUCUAAUCCCCGAGCCGACUAGGUGAAAAAAUCUGUCGAUGUGCCCUUGAGCAAGGCACUUAACUCUAAUUGCUCCUGUAAGUCGCUCUGGAUAAAAGCGUCUGCUAAAUAAUGUAAAAAUGUGUGCUGUCUCCACAAUGCUUUUGUAAUUAUUUUUGGUAGAAAAGCUCUCUGUUGUAUUACAACCGUUAUGCCAAAUGCGUUACAUCAGUUGUAUAACUUUAGUGUGUAUGGGGCCUAAAUGUGGGUGUUAUGUGUGCAGGCAUAGUGUUUCUCUGAGGACUCCAGGGUCAAAUGAUUCCAUCUGAUACGUGAUAGGCUGAGUGUCUCGUAGUAACACAUGUCCCCAGUGAUGUGAUCUAGAAAAGUAGUGCCCAGAGCUAUUGAUUGAGGUUUUCACAUUCAGAGCAUCCUACAGUGAGGGGAUGUAACCAUACAGACGUGAGGAUGAUGAGGAGGACGAGGAAGGCUGUUAAUUAGUCCAGAUAAUGCCUGAUUCAGAUGACACAGAGUCUUGGGCUGCGUCCCAAAUGGCACCUUAUUCCCUUUAUAGUGCACUACUUUUGACCAGGUGCUCUGGUCAAAUAGGGUGCCAUUUGGGACGCAGCCAUGGCUGUGUUCUGUUCACCCUUCUCACUCGAAACAUCUCAUCUGUCCUAAUGAAUCUCAAUUAGCCCCAGCCACCCGUUAGCAGACACACACAACCCAGACAUUUCUUUAAAUGGGCCCAGCUAACCAGGAACUGGAGAUUCAAAGCCCUUAAGGAAAUAAAGAAAGGAUUGCGUACUCGGUCUCCACUCGUUCUAAUUGCGCCUCACACGAUACUGCUACGGAGUGCCGGAGUACCAAGCAACGUCGGAGAGGGUGACGGUCGAGGGGAGACAGCGCAGGAAGGUGUGGGAUCACUGAGUCCCUGCCACUCUCUGGAGAGACCCUCAGACUGGAAAGGAGGGAGUAAGUGGAUGACUGGGUUAUAGUUGAGAGGGAGGGGGAGAGGAGCAGGGAGGGGAGGAGAAGAGAGAGAUUGUACUGUAGCUAGCCUAUAGCGGCUGACAGGGUUAACACAGAAAAGUAGAGCGAACGCUGAGAGAAGAGCGUUCCACAAGCUUCCUAUGCAAGGCUACAGUCUGCUAGCUGGGGACGGGGGCUUUACUUUAAGCAGCCAUAGAGAUGGAGACAAAUCCCUAGCAGGGAGAUGAAAUGCCAUGUACAGUGGGGAACCUCUAACUCAAUGAAUUAUUCAGCAGCCGUAGGGACGGCUUUGAUUUUUUUUUCCUAUCUCUUUUUUUUUCCGGGGCACCAUCUAAUGAAAGAGCAAAACUGGAAACAAGUGUGGUGGCAUGGGGAAAGAAUACAACGAUGCAUUAUUUAAAAGCUGACUUUAUACAGUGUGUUUUCUCUAUCUCUCUCUCUCCCCCCACACACUUUGAAUAGCUGUUAGAGUCCAGUAAUCAAUAUUAAUAUUCAAUAGGUGCAUUAAUAUUUCAGUAGCAGCUACGGUUCCGUGUUCAUUUUUCAAAGGAGGAGUGAAUUCUUUCUUUUGUUGAUUUUUUUUUGCCUAGAUACUUUUUGUUGUUGCUUUGGGGCUGGCUGGGGGUUGGCUAAAUGCCUGGUUUUGCUCGUUCAUUCAGAGUUGUUGUCAGUGAAAACAACCACUAAAACAACCACUGUAAAACAACCGCUAAAAAGCCUUCCAGACCUUUUUCACCACUGUGUUAGCACCCGGAGCUCUGUUUUUGCUGUUCAAGUUAUUCUGGACAGGACUGGUCAACUCCUCCAGGGGCGUGUACUCAAACAGAGUGAAGCUGUGAAAAGCCUUCCCCUGCACACCUCCUCUCUCUCUCUGUCUGUGUUCUCAACUGCUGCUCUCAGAUCAAGGCAAAGGCAUAUGAUAGCCAGAGUCCCUCAUAGGACCACCUACUGUACAAUGAAAGGUGUAUGAUACCCACUUGACAGGGUACAUUACAGCAUAACAAGACCCAGGGCUAGCCUUGACACUGAACCUUCUGCUUAUUUCUACCUACAACUAGACUACUGUCUAUACUGUAAAUCAAGCAAAGUUGUUCUUCUUGAUUGGUCCAAAUUUGUUUGCUAGUUAAGUUAUUUAGUGUGUCAACGUGCACUGUGACCGUGAUGGCAUCGCCCUAACUGAUGAUGGGUGUGCUAUCAGAGCAAAAGAUUUCCACAGAUUCUUUUGGACAGAGCCUUCUAGCCAAGUUAACAGGGGGCACACUCACUUGGACCGACAAUCAGAAAAGGGGCUGAUGGGUAAAAAAGAAAAAAACAAUGGGGUCAUGAAUGCUGACGGUCGGAUCCAGCGCUGUAGGCAGGCAGGCUCUCCUCUCAUUUAGAGUUGAGCUCUGACAAUCCUCUUAUUUUCCAACUGCAAAGGACAAAGAGCAGCGUAGGGUUUCACAGGGUCCCGGGGGAGAUUAAAAUCCCUGGCAGAUGUACUUUGCAGCGUCGGAUGAUUAGUGGGAUCGACCAGCCACCGCCACAGCCCUACCAUGCCCAGUAUCACUGGCUGACUGGCAUGCUUGCUUACUGACUGGCUCUGCCUGGCUGGCUGAUUGACUGGCUGCUGUGUCAAGUGAUUUGUCCUAACAAUCUGCCCUUUGCCUGCUUGCAAAAACAUUGCACUCUGUUCUAAUAUGUGUCUCAAAUGGCACCCUAUUCCCUAUUGUGAACGGAUCAGCUUGUCCAAAGCUCCCUAAAACAAGCGGGAGGCAUGAAAUGAACAGACCAGAGGCAGUGGUUGUGGUUCCUUUUCUUUUGUAUUGUUACUGAACGGGUUCUUUUGCCUGACAAAAUAAUUCCAAUACAGGGUAACGUCCAACGCUGAAACAACAGCGUAACAAAACAAUUUACAAACUAAGCCGUUGACCAAAAGGCCGUGGCCCAAAAAGGGAAAGUAAAACAACAAAUGGCUCCUCCUGUCUUUAGACGAUCGUCUACACAUACAGUUACAGGAGGAACGCUUCUCUCUAUCUAUAUACACAUACAGUUACAGGAGGAACGCUUCUCUCUAUCUAUAGUCUGCCUUGGUUAACAGAGAGACAAAGGGCCCCAGACGAAGAAGCUUUCUCUGAGGUAGGACAAUACGACGUCCUCACAGGUCCCUGUCUCUACUCCCAAAUCUCUCCCAGCUCCUCUCCUGGCACACCUAUAUAGAGGAAGACACCAAUCAAUUAGUGGGCCCAGCUGUGUGCUAAUUGGCUUUACACUGAGUACCUAUCCCCUGAGGAGGGUGCUGUCGUGCCGUCUUCCUCCGGCUGGUCACUGAACUCUCACACUAUAUAGUGCACAAAUGUUGACCAAAGCCCUAUGGGUCCUGCUCAGAUGUAGUGCACUACAUAGUGAAUAGGGUGUCAUUUGGGACAUAGCGCUCCCCUCUGUUCUACACUCUGUUCUCCCUGGUGCCCUGGAUGAGUCAGGUCUUGGACACAAAGCCAAUGGUGGAUUAUGCUACACACUGCUGGCAGACUAGGCAUCACAGACAACAAUGGCAGUACAGUAGGAGUGGAAUUACACUAGUAGCCUACUUACUAUUUCAUUUAACUUUCCAUGCAUUUUCCACCACCACAACCCAACUUUUGCUACUGUAGAUGUACCUAUCUGUGCUUAUCUGAAUGGUUGGUGUGGUGUGUGUGUGUGUGUGUGUGUGUGUGUGUGUGUGUGUGUGUGUGUGUGUGUGUGUGUGUGUGUGUGUGUGUGUGUGUGUGUCUAUUCCAGAAAGCGGAUUUGGCUGUAGCGGGGCUCACCAUAACCGCAGAGAGGGAGAAGGUCAUCGAUUUCUCCAAGCCUUUUAUGACCCUGGGAAUCAGCAUCAUGUACCGUGUACACUUGGUAAGACUAACCUCUGACCUCUCCGACCCCUACAAACAACCUGGCUGACCCCUGACCCCUACAAACAUCUCGCACCACGGCAGUCAGUGGACCGAUGCUAAUGACCUAGCGACCAAUCAUCAGCCUCGGUCUGGGAGCCCGUUCAGCGCCUCUCCUCCUCUCACUACAUCCCUCUCCUCUCUCUACCUCCGCCAGAGUAACAGAUGGUGUGCUCUGCUCUGUGAUAUGCUGGUGUGAAUCGACCUUUCAUUCCCAAUCCCACUUCUCCUCUGAUUGUGACUGGGAUCUAAUUCGCACCAAUAACACCCCUGAUCCCUGCGUAUAGAACAAGACCCAGGCAACAGUUGUGGAAAUCCAAUACCCCUAUGUUAACACCAGCCAACCAUUAAUCAAAGGCCUUCUCCCAAAUCCAAGGAGACACGCUGGUCUCUCCGCUGGCCACCGGCCGGAUGGAGCCGCUUUGGACCGAGCGGCGGCGUGUAAAAACAUGAUUAUGGCGUCCCAGUAGGGCAUUUACUCCAGCCGUCCCUGUCCUCCCUGUCCCCCCUGUCCCCCCAUCUGCGUCCCUCCCCUUUUCCUGGUGCUAAUAGGUGCAGCUGCCAGGAGAGAGGCUCCAUUGGGCCAACAGUUGGUUGAAUGAAUCGAUAGCAGCAGGUGCACAGUAAGUGGGCUGCCGUAUCACCUCUGCGGCAGGCUGCUGCUACUGCUGACGCGUUGGAACGUGCUCAUCUGUGUGUUCCUGCGAGCUGACGUGGCGUGGGGGAGGAGAGGAGAAGCCCACACACACUGCAGUGCAAGAUUGACACACACACACUCCCACUGCCCUAACAAUGUCGGCACAGACAGACAGACAGACAGACAGACAGACAGACAGGGAGGGAGGGAGACAGGGAGGGAGGCAGACAGACAGACAGACAGACAGACGGACAGACAGGGAGGCGGAAGGAUAGAGGGAUGGGAUGAAGAGCGUAAGGUAACUGGCAGAGAGAGAUGAGGAGCCUCCACUGCUUAAGAUCAGGAGUGAAAGGCGGAAGAGACUAACUACAAAGUGUGAGAGUCUGCUGCACUGAUCUCUCUCUCUCUCUCUCUCUGUCUCUCUCUCUCUCUGUCUGUCUGUCUGUCUGUCUGUCUGUCUGUCUGUCUGUCUGUCUGUCUGUCUGUCUGUCUGUCUGUCUGUCUGUCUGUCUGUCUGUCUGUCUGUAUGUCUGUCUGUCUGUCUGGAGUCUUUGCACAGUACCUGUCCCUGGUGUCUCCUUCUUCUCUCUUCAUCUCUCUACCCAGGACUCCCUCCCUCCCAGCGCCCCUUGGCAAUCUCUUAGGUCUCACACAGAGCUACAAGGCUCCAGCUCCACCAUUCAAUAUUAGAAUUUCUGUGACUGCACUUGUUUAGGUUUAAUCCACUAGCUAUUGAUCUCUGACGCAGUGAUUUCUACAAUUGCGCCUGCUGCUUAUUUCAGACUUUAAUUGAAAUUCUCAGCCUGAUCAAUAACAAUGGAAAACUGAAUAAAAUAGAGAUGCCUGUUGAUUUUGAAUUACCUGCUGUAUGGCCUUAGAGGUAGAUGCCCUGGGGCCCCAAAUGAGUUAGUCUGGCCCUGCCUACUACUGUUUAAUUUCUGUCCAUGGUGCACCCCAAUUGUGUGUGUGUGUGUGUGUGCACCUGUGCGUUCUUAAUCUCUUUUUGCUUAUCUUGAUUAACUGGUUUGUUUUAUAAAGUGUUUUGGGAGAGCGCGAUGGUCCUCUUUUGAUUACCCUAAAUCCUUCUUCUCUCCAUCUUGCAGUAUACUCUGAGGCUGACCACUCCACCAAUCUGUCCACUUGUUUCAUCAAACCCCCUUUCUCAUCACCCCCCACUUCUAUUUUCUGUGGACAUCUUUCCACCAAUCCCUCCCUCCUAGUAGUAGUAGUAAAGACAGAAAGAGACAGAGAGAGACAGAGAGAGAGAAUGGAGAGAGCAAGAGAGACUAUUGAGGGUGUGUAUAGAGAUUAAAAACCUAAUUAGACCCACAAGUUAAUUAGGGGGUUGGUAGAGAGGGGAGCGGUGUCACAUUCACGAGCUGCCCUGUGGGAGUGUGGCACUGCGAUCCUGAUUGAGUGUGUCUGCCCCCCUCCAACCUCGCCCCACCUUCCCCGCUUCCCCUCUCCCUCCCAACCGUCCCAGACAUCCUACGAGAGCGAGCACUGAUGGAAUCUGGGACUGCGGCUAAUCAGCAGCCCCCCCCCCCCCCCGACCCCUCGCCACAUAAACAGAACUCCUCCACCUCCGUAGUCAUGGAGACCAUAAUAGCAGGGAUGCGAAUGGCGAGUGGCGGACCACAAAUAGGGACGCAUCUCUCAAGGUGGCUGGCGUUUGAAAGAAAACUGGUUACUCUCCUUCACUCAGUGUGUUUCUGUAGAGCAGUCUCGGCUCCCACCUAGGUUGAAUACGUGGGGAAUGACAAUAUGGGGAGGGAGGAGGGAUAUUCUGGUGAAAUCCUUGAACGUGACCCCACUCACUAAAGGCAAAGACAGUAAAGGAUGAAGAUAGGCAGAAACUGCUUCUCCAAUAGAAAUCCCCGAUCACACUUUUAGGCUACGUCAUGGCGACGUUGGCUACCUAAGCUCAUGCGCAGAAACACGUCAUCCGGUCUAACAGUCGUUUCGUUCCAAACUGCGCAUGUGCAGGCCGUCAAAUCGAAGGCACUCCUUUGAUAUGAAGUUGUUUUUGACAAAAAUGAAAACGUGUUGAUUUGUCACUUUCACAAGGUUGGACUAAAAACAAGUUCAACUACUUCAGACAUUGGCUCGAAUCUAGGUUGUGCCUUUAGAUUUCGAGAAAAUUAACAACUAAGGAAGAAGUUUUCACUUCUCUCACUGACUUCUCAAACACCAAACCCCGGCCUGGUCUGCUUGGUCUGCUUCGCAAGCGUUCCCGGAAGUCUCGCGAUGUUGCGCUUCUGGGUUGAGAAACUCUGUGCUAAAGGUCUUAUAUCCCGCCACUUAACACAAAGUAGAGCCUAUGGGGAGAGGAGUUUGUAUAACGCUUCAUUUCCAAUUGUUUGGAUUGGCUUGUAAAAUCAGCACGGGCAAUGAGGCAGUUGUCACAACCGGCGCCUCCCGUCUCCUCUCUUCCUCUCCCCCGGUUCUCCAUUUGAUGAGAUGAUGAUGAUGAUAAUUACACUCUAUAAAGCCCAUGUCCAAUAAAGACCUCCCUAUCCAGUCAGAGCGCCAUGCAUGCCUGGAUACAGUCGAGUACAGUCAGAGACCUGUUGUACAGUGCAGAGCCCGUGGUCGAGUGGUAACAGUCCUGACUUUUGGCACAUGAUCCGGGAGACCAGGGUUCAAUUCCCGUUUUCCCGCAAUGUCUAAAUAGUCCUAAAAAAUAGAGUCAUUACAUAUUAUAAACUGUAUAAUAAGUCAUAGGCGCAUACUUGCAAGUAACAAACCAUUAUACCUGCAGGCUUCAAAUCAAAUGUUACCAAAAAAAGACCUGUUGUGCUCGUAGCUGCCUUCGCCAGUCGUGAUGCCCACCUUGACUACAGUAGGUGCAGAUGACUGGCACCUCAGAGGUCUUCCUGACUGCCUGAGGGGGCUCUCUCUCCUAUUUGAGAAGAAACAAACGUACCAUCACACCUUGCCAUCCCUCCCUCCCCUCCCUCCAUCGCCCAGUACACACACACACAGAAUUACAUGUUACCAACUUAACCCUUUAACUGGCACACCCCAAAAAAAAUAUCAGAAAAAGUAUUGUUCUGCUAAAUAUGUGUAUUUAGCCUCAAUAUAGGCCAUUAAUGGAUACGUUUUGUUUGCAUGACAUAAACUUUGAUAAAUAAUGCAUCGCAAUCAUCGCAAACAGCCGUUUGAGUUGCCUAAUUAGAGUAAAUUAAUUUUGUAUUGGAAUUUGCAUAGACUUUUUCAUUUAAAUUACAGUGCCUUCGGAAAGUAUUCAGAUCCCUUGACUUUUUCCACAUUUUGUUACGUUACAGACUUAUUAUAAAAUUGAUUUCAAUGAAUAUAAAUCCUCAGCAAUCUACACACAUCACCCCAUAAUGGCAAAGCACAAACAGGUGUUUAGAAAUGUUUGCACAUUUAUUAAAAGUAAAAAACUGAAAUAUCUUAUAUACAUAAGUAUUCAAACCCUUUGCUAUGAGAGUCGAAAUUGAGCUUAAGUGCAUCAUGUUUCCAUUGAUCAACCUUGAGAUGUUUCUACAACUUGAUUGGAGUCCACCUGUGGUAAAUUCAAUUGAUUGGACAUUGUUUGCAAAGGCAAACACCUGUCUAUAUAAGGUCCCACAGUUGACAGUGCAUGCAGAGCAACAACCAAGCCAUGAGGUCGAAGGAAUUGUCCGUACAGCUCCGAGACAGGAUUGUGUCGAGGCACAGAUCUGGGGAAGGGUACCAAAAUAUUUCUGCAGCAUUUAAGGUCCCCAAGAACACAGUGGCCUCCAUCAUUCUUAAAUGGAAGAUGUUUAAAACCACCAAGACUAGAGCUGGCCGCCCGGCCAAUCUGAGCAAUCGGGGGAGAAGGGCCUUGGUCAGGGAGGUGACCAAGAACCCGAUGGUAACUCUGACAGAGCUCUAGAGUUCCUCUGUGGAGAUGGGAGAACCUUCCAGAAGGACAACCAUCUCUGCAGCACUCCACCAAUCAGGCCUUUAUGGUAGAGUGGCCAGACGGAAGCCACUCCUCAGUAAAAGGCACAUGACAGCCCACUUGGAGUUUGCCAAAAGGCACCUAAAGACUCUCAGACCAUGAGAAACAAGAUUCUCUGGUCUAAUGAAACCAAGAUUGAACUCUUUAGCCUGAAUGCCAAGCGUCACGUCUGGAGGAAACCUGGCACCAUCCCUACGGUGAAGCAUGGUGGUGGCAGCAUCAUGCUGUGGGGAUGUUUUUCAGCAGCAGGGACUGGGAGACUAGUCAGGAUUGAGGGAAAGAUGAACGGAGCAAAGUACAGAGAGAUCCUUGAUGACAACCUGCUCCAGUGUCCUCAGGACCUCAAACUGGGGAGAAGGUUCACCCUCCAACAGGACAACGAUCCUAAGCACACAGUCAAGACAAUGCAGGGGUGGCUUCGGGACAAGUCUCUGAAUGUCCUUGAGUGGCCCUGCCAGAGCCUGGACUUGAACCCGAUCGAACAUCUCUGGAGAGACCUGAAAAUAGCUGUGCUUUAACGCUCCCCAUCCAACCUGACAGAGCUUGAGAGGAUCUGUAGAGAAGAAUGGGAGAAACUCCCCAAAUACAGGUGUGCCAAGCUUGUAGCGUCAUACCCAAGAAGAAUUGAUGCUGUAAUCGCUGCCAAAGGUGCUUCAACCAAGUACUGAGUAAAGGGUCUGAAUACUUAUGUAAAUUUAAUUAUUUAAUGUUUUAUUUGUAAUAAAUUAGCAAAAUUUUCUAAAAACCUGUUUUUGCUUUGUCAUUAUGGGGUAUUUUGUGUAGAUUUAUGAGGAAAAUAAACAAUUUAAUCCAUUUUAGAAUAAGGCUGUAAAGUAACAAAAUGUAGAAAAAGUCAAGGGGUCUGAAUACCUUCUGAAGGCACUGUAAAUCUGCUUAAUUUACUUAUAAUGGAAGCUAGGCCUAGUUAAAUGAGGACUGAUAUCAAAUAUUAAUAAAGUAUGAUACAUUUGUGUGUCAAAAUUUGAAUAUUCAAAUGCAUGUAAAUUAAUGCAUUUACAGUUUAUUUGCAGGCAGACAGUAAAUAAUGGAUUUGAAAUGAUUUUUGUAUUUGCACAGACAAUAUUUCUCUGUUGUCCAUUAUCACUAGCUUUGGCUUAAUAGCAUUCAUUUAAUGGGCAACUCAAUCGCCUGGUAGAGCAUAUUUUUCAAGAAUUCUUAAAAUUGUAAAACAGCAACAUAUUAGUAAAUUAAUCAGUCUUAAAUGGUGUUUGAGAGGUCAACAACAUUUUACAACCUUUUAUACAUAACCUCUUAAGGAUCGGAUCCUUUUUUCCCAUUUUCCCCUAAAAUGACAUACCCAAAUCUAACUGCCUGUAGCUUAGGACCUGAAGCAAGGAUAUGCAUAUUCUUGAUACCAUUUGAAAGGAAACACUUUGACGUUUGUGGAAAUGUGAAAUUAAUGUAGGAGAACAUAACACAUUAGAUCUGGUAAAAGAUAAUACAAACAAAAAAACAUGCGUUUUCUAAUGUUUUUUUUGUUCCAUCAUCUUUGAAAUGCAAGAGAAAGGCCACAAUAUAAUAUUGCAGUUUAAGUGCAAUUUAGAUUUUGCCCACUAGAUGGCAGCAGUGUGUGUGCAAAGUUUCAGAUUGAUCCAGUGAAGCAUUGCAAUACUGGACUAUUUUGUGUCAAGUCUGCCCAAAUGUGCCGAAUUGGUCAAUGGAUACUUUUUAAAGUACAUAACUAUAGAGAACAUAAAAAAAUGAUAUGGUAAUACAAAAUGUAAGUUUACACACUCCCAGGAAUGUCAUACAUGAUGGAUCAUUAGCUUAUACACUAACUUUCACACAUCUAGAUGGCCGGGCGGGGUGGGUGUUGAGCCAGAGACAGCAGGGGUUCAAACUGUAGAACCCAGUUCCUACAUUUGAAUAUAAAAAUGGAUUUUAUCAAACAAAACUAUGCUACAUUUUAUCUCUGGGACCCUUAGGAUGACAAAUCAGAGCAAGAUUACUGAAUGUAAGUACAUUAUUUACCUUCAGAGGUGAACGUAUCAAACCAGUUGCCGUGAUAAGUUUUUUGUUGUUGUGCACUCUCCUCAAAUAAUAGCAUGGUAUUUUUUCACUUUAAUAGUUACUGUAAAUUGGACAGUGCACUUUAACAAGAAUUUAAGCUUUCUGCCCAUAUAAGACAUGUCAAUGUCCUGGAAAGUUUGCUGUUACUUACAAAAGUCAUGCUAAUCACAUUAGCGCACAUUAGCUCAAGGAUUUUAACACUGCUGUGCUGAGAUGCCUGGAGGGCCACAGGGAAUGAGCUACUGUUGAAUACAGGACAAGAGUAGAAAAUGCUCAGUGGCUUUACACAAGCAAAUAGAAUGGUUGGCUGAGUGAUACUUGAUAGAAAUGCAAAGAGAAUACAAACAUACUACUAUAAGACUUUCAAGGUCUAACCUGAUAAAAUACAGUUAGGUCACACAGACCUUCGCUUUGUCAGUCCCUUUCACUCUGCACUUUCAUUUUUGAUUCUCCUAGGUAACUGUUUACAGUGGGGGAAAAAAGUAUUUAGUCAGCCACCAAUUGUGCAAGUUCUCCCACUUAAAAAGAUGAGAGAGGCCUGUAAUUUUCAUCAUAGGUACACGUCAACUAUGACAGACAAAUUGAGAAAAUAAAAUCCAGAAAAUCGCAUUGUAGGAUUUUUAAUGAAUUUAUUUGCAAAUUAUGGUGGAAAAUAAGUAUUUGGUCACCUACAAACAAGCAAGAUUUCUGGCUCUCACAGACCUGUAACUUCUUCUUUAAGAGGCUCCUCUGUCCUCCACUCGUUACCUGUAUUAAUGGCACCUGUUUGAACUUGUUAUCAGUAUAAAAGACACCUGUCCACAACCUCAAACAGUCACACUCCAAACUCCACUAUGGCCAAGACCAAAGAGCUGUCAAAGGACACCAGAAACAAAAUUGUAGACCUGCACCAGGCUGGGAAGACUGAAUCUGCAAUAGGUAAGCAGCUUGGUUUGAAGAAAUCAACUGUGGGAGCAAUUAUUAGGAAAUGGAAGACAUACAAGACCACUGAUAAUCUCCCUCGAUCUGGGGCUCCACGCAAGAUCUCACCCUGUGGGGUCAAAAUGAUCACAAGAACGGUGAGCAAAAAUCCCAGAACCACACGGGGGGACCUAAUGAAUGACCUGCAGAGAGCUGGGACCAAAGUAACAAAGCCUACCAUCAGUAACACACUACGCCGCCAGGGACUCAAAUCCUGCAGUGCCAGACGUGUCCCCCUGCUUAAGCCAGUACAUGUCCAGGCCCGUCUGAAGUUUGCUAGAGUGCAUUUGGAUGAUCCAGAAGAGGAUUGGGAGAAUGUCAUAUGGUCAGAUGAAACAAAAAUAGAACUUUUUGGUAAAAACUCAACUCGUCGUGUUUGGAGGACAAAGAAUGCUGAGUUGCAUCCAAAGAACACCGUACCUACUGUGAAGCAUGGGGGUGGAAACAUCAUGCUUUGGGGCAGUUUUUCUGCAAAGGGACCAGGACGACUGAUCCGUGUAAAGGAAAGAAUGAAUGGGGCCAUGUAUCGUGAGAUUUUGAGUGAAAACCUCCUUCCAUCAGCAAGGGCAUUGAAGAUGAAACGUGGCUGGGUCUUUCAGCAUGACAAUGAUCUCAAACACACCGCCCGGGCAACGAAGGAGUGGCUUCGUAAGAAGCAUUUAAAGGUCCUGGAGUGGCCUAGCCAGUCUCCAGAUCUCAACCCCAUAGAAAAUCUUUGGAGGGAGUUGAAAGUCUGUGUUGCCCAGCGACAGCCCCAAAACAUCACUGCUCUAGAAGAGAUCUGCAUGGAGGAAUGGGCCAAAAUACCAGCAACAGUGUGUGAAAACCUUGUGAAGACUUACAGAAAACGUUUGACCUGUGUCAUUGCCAACAAAGGGUAUAUAACAAAGUAUUGAGAAACUUUUGUAAUUGACCAAAUACUUAUUUUCCACCAUAAUUUGCAAAUAAAUUCAUAAAAAAUCCUACAAUGUGAUUUUCUGGAGAAAAAAAAUCAUAGUUGACGUGUACCUAUGAUGAAAAUUACAGGCCUCUCUCAUCUUUUUAAGUGGGAGAACUUGCACAAUUGGUGGCUGACUAAAUACUUUUUUCCCCCACUGUACAUUACAUCAGGUGUGCCUACAUUUUUGUUCUACGUACUGCUGUUACUUCUUGAACGUCGAGCUGUAUAUCACACAGCCCCAUGUCCUCUCCAACUCUUAAACAACCACAUCACAGUAAAGCUUAGUGAACAGCAUGUCCCAUCUCUCUUUCUCUUCCUCUCUCUCUCUUCUCUCUCCCUCCAUCCAUCCCUCUCUUUCCAUUUCUCUCGCUCUGAUCUUUUCACUACACCAUCUGCUAGUGUUGUGCUGUUUCCUCAACAGCUCUGCUCUUCCUUAAUGGUCCGUUAGUGGCAACUAAACAGGGAAUUAAAUAGAGUAGCGCUGUAAACAAAACGCUCGCUUCACUUGGCACCAGAUUGGAUCACCACAAGACACCUCGUGUCAGCACAACCUUCACCUAGUUACUUUUCGAAUAUAUACUCUUGCAGGAGUUGUCACUGCAUUAUACCGAUAUUGGCAUUACCUUUUAAUUGUACGUCCUGCCUUUGUAGCUGAGGUGGUUUGGAAUGCCUUUAACUCAGUGGCCUAAGACUGUAUUGUGGCAUGCAGGAGACCCGAGUUUGAACCCGGUGGUCACAUCCUAAAAAAAUAUACACACUACCCUUUCUCGUUUCAAGACUCUCUCUAAAACUAGAAUGGCCUCUGACCAGUUUGAGUACCAUUACAGAGUCUCUAUCAGAGAGUACAGGGACGCUGGCACCAUAAAUGGAUCAUUUUCACAAGGCAAGCUGGUAGCAGCAGGCUCCUCAGACAGGCCAGUCCUAAUUCUCUCUACUGUAAUUAGAAAUCUCCAGCUCCCCUCCUAUGUUGCUCAAUUACAAUAAUGCUUUAGUGAUUACAGACACAUUAAUGAAUAUCCGGCCUCAACCAGGCCUAAUUAUGGAUUAAUUCAUCAUUUAGAAUUUUUAGAUGCCUUUAAAUCCUUUCCCCUCGCCGCACAUGCAAUAUAUUUUGGGGGCAGGGAGCAUUUGCAUUGCAUGCUUGUUGUAUUGCUUAUUAUCAAGGGGAUUGUAGUUUUGGUGAACGCUCGGUCAUAGGGAUAAAUCUGUUACAGAUGUAUUGGCUUAGGGUGUAUCUGUGUGUAUGUAAUGAAGCUAACCACCUCUCUCUCGCUCUGUGUGUGUGUGUGUGUGCGUGUGUGUGCGUGUGUGUGUGUGUGUGUGUGUGUGUUGUAGGGGCGCAGACCUGGCUACUUCUCCUUCCUAGACCCUUUCUCCCCUGGGGUGUGGCUCUUCAUGCUGCUAGCCUACCUGGCAGUCAGCUGUGUGCUCUUUCUGGUGGCCAGGUAAGUCCUCCAACUCCUCUCAGCUCCACAUUGACAUCUACUGGUGCUUUGGAGGAACUGACAUGUCAUAUAAAGUACAAUUAUACAUGUGUUGUGUCCCAAUAAUCUCUCCUUUCUCCCGAAUUGUGCACUUGUUCAUGGAUUUGAUAGGAAAUUCCCUAUAGAGUAGUGAACGAGUGCACACUUCAGGAGGAAGGAGAGAUGAUUUAGUAGCAGGCAGCAACCACUUGAUGUAAUAAUGUAUGUAUUUAUUGUGUAAUAAUAAUAAUAUGCCAUUUAGCAGACUCUUUUAUCCAAAGCGACUUACAGUCAUGUGCGCAUACAUUUUUACGUAUGGGUGGUCCCGGGGAUCGAACCCACUAUCCUGGUGGUACAAGCGCCAUGCUCUACCAAUUGAGCUACAGAGGAGUUAUUUUAUUUCUGUGGGGAAAAAAGGGGGUGGGUUGACACCUUUCUCAUUUUGAAAGGUGAUGAUUUUGAAAGUUGAUGGAAGUGGAACCAUCUUGAUUAAAUGUUGAUGUCAUGUGGCUGUGCCUGAAAAAAAAUCAGGUACAUUUAAAAAGCAACAAUACAAGAAAACAACCUCCCACUGACUAGUGACAACGACAACAGCUGUAAUGAGACAUUCUGAGAGGAGGGGUUGCCAAAGGUGUGCUGACAUCACGUUUUAAGUGAUUUGAUUUGUUGGAAGUCAAUUAUUCUUUACUCGUUUGUAUGUUGAAGGAAGCUAAAUACAAUGUGUUACGCUCUGUAUUACGUUUUCCCCUUGGAGAUUUGCCUGAGUAGUCAAAGCAUGCAUUCAAUGAAUUAUAGGUUUCUAGAACUUGCAUCAUCCUACAAACACAGUAAUAUACCGGAAGCUGUAAUGGCAGCUCAACGUUCUGCUCCGUAAAGCAUAUUUAGUGGCUUAUUAGACUGCUUUCACUCACAGCAGACAGCAGCAGGUGUAUGGGAGUGUACAUCAGCUGACCCAGGUGGACUGAAAAACACGUUACACCACCUCAUGGGAUUCAAGGUGACUUUGUGCUUCGCUGACUGUUUAAAUUGUUGUUUUUCCCCUCUAAUUUCUCUCACUGUGUGCGUGCGGGCGUGUGUGUCUGUGUCUGUGUGUCUGUGUGUCUGUGUGCCUCUUUAGACUCACCCCCUACGAGUGGUACAAUCCCCACCCCUGCCUGAAGGGGCGCUGUAACCUCCUCAUCAACCAAUACUCACUGGGCAACAGCUUCUGGUUCCCCGUGGGGGGAUUCAUGCAGCAGGGGUCCACCAUUGCCCCCCGCGCCCUCUCCACACGCUGCGUCAGUGGAGUAUGGUGAGUACAAAUUAGUUUUUUUCUCGCAUGGUCCUUUCCAGCACAGUUCCAGCAACUAUGGUGGAUGUGUAACCCCAUCCAGUACAGCUUGGCUUGGCACAGCUUGGUUUGGCACAGUAGUGUGAAAAGGGUAAUAGUGUACUUGCUAAAUCACACUGCCUGACUUAGACACUUGUACACAUACGGCACAUGUAUCUGUCUAGAAGCUUUCCACACUAUCUUGCAGACCUGAACCGUAAUGUCGCUCAGAUAUAUCAUUUCCAGCAUGGUUCUAUGGUGGAUGUAUAACCAGGCAGGCUAGAGCAGGUUCAGUUUAGUAGUGUGAAAAGGGUUUAUCAGCGGUUGCUAAUUAGAGGUUAACCUUUUGCCUGUGGCCUUGACCUCUCUACUGCAGCUUCAGGAACAUCAAAGUAACAUUUUCCCAUGUUUCCCUUAAGACGACACUAUGAUCAUAUCACUAUGAUCAUAUCUGCUCCAAUUAGCCUACCAUCUGGGCCCUGAAUAUUUCCAAUUCAGGUCACGUGGUCAUGGAAAAUUGCAGAGUCUGAUACUAUACCUGAUACUGUACCGCUGAGGUAGUCUGUAUGUCUGAGUCUAUACCUGGUAGACACUGAGGUAGUCUGUAUGUCUGAGUCUAUACCUGGUAGACACUGAGGUAGUCUGUAUGUCUGAGUCUAUACCUGGUAGACACUGAGGUAGUCUGUAUGUCUGAGUCUAUACCUGGUAGACACUGAGGUAGUCUGUAUGUCUGAGUCUAUACCUGGUAGACACUGAGGUAGUCUGUAUGUCUGAGUCUAUACCUGGUAGACACUGAGGUAGUCUGUAUGUCUGAGUCUAUACCUGGUAGACACUGAGGUAGUCUGUAUGUCUGAGUCUAUACCUGGUAGACACUGAGGUAGUCUGUAUGUCUGAGUCUAUACCUGGUAGACACUGAGGUAGUCUGUAUGUCUGAGUCUAUACCUGGUAGACACUGAGGUAGUCUGUGUGAGUCUAUACCUGGUAGACACUGAGGUAGUCUGUGUGAGUCUAGAGCUGAUACAUAGUACAUAGUUAAGCUCCUGAGUGGCGCAGUGGUCUAAGGCACUGCAUCGCAGUGCUAACUGUGCCACUAGAGAUCCUGGUUCGAAUCCAGGCUCUGUCGAGGCCGGCCGCGACCGGGAGACUCAUGGGUGGCGCACAAUUGGCCCAGCGUCGUCCAGGGUAGGGGAGGGAAUGGCCGGCAGGGAUGUAGCUCAGUUGAUAGAGCAUGGCGUUUGCAACGCCAGGGUUGUGGGUUCAAUUCCCACGGGGGGCCAGUAUAAAAAAAUAAAAUGUAUUCACUAACUGUAAGUCGCUCUGGAUAAGAGCGUCUGCUAAAUGACUAAAAUGUAAAUGUAAAUGUAAUAGUUUAGUUUAUUAAUUCGACCAUUUAAAAAAACAAGCACACAUUAAACUUGAAAAAGCCAUACAUGCACAUGAGUAAAAACAUCGAGGAUAACACACAAUAAAGUCUGGGACUUAUUUCCAUUGUGGUCCUCUUGAAACGAGAUGACUAGGCAAGAUCGAACACGGUUGAACACGGUAUGACAGCGAGAUACUAAAACAUAAAAACAAAGAAGAAGAACAUCUAUCUCAUCAUUGCAGGUAAAUCGAAGGGUACAUUCAUAUGGGCACAGCAGACAUCAAACAGUUUUUAACUUUAUUUUUAAAGCUGCCAUUUUUAUGGGCAAAGGCAACUCAUUCCACUCUGAGGCUCCAGUAUACAAGAAAGUACCUUUCCCAGCAUUACUCCUGAACCUGUAUAUGCACACAUUAGCAACACCUGAUCUGGUGCUGUGAUUGUGUGCGUCCCUAACAUGGGGAAAGUAAUCAGUUAGAUAUCUGGGCGCAGAACCAUAAAUACUCCUGUAAACCAAACCCAGUCUAAUCUGGGACACCCUGGCCUCAACAGGCAGCCAGUUGAGUUCCUGAAAGCAGCUCCUGCCUAUGUGAGUACGUGUACUCACCUUCAAUAAUACCCUGAUAAGCCCCCAAACCAGGAAGUACUAGCGUGGUCAAAAUGGCAUUGAAUGAGGGCAGUGGCUAGCACUCUCAUGGAGUCCUUAUCAAGCAGCUUGGACUUUCUUGCCAAAAACUUAGUCCUGGCAUUAACCUUCCCUAGCACUUUAGUGGCCAUGCUCACACCUCCCAAGCUUCCAUCAAGGAUGCAUCCCAGGUAGCUAACAUAGGUUUCAGUAGGCAGCACCUCACCCCCUAACUCCACUCUGAUUUCAGAGGACCUACACAAUUUAGGUCUGGACAAAAAAAUAAUUGCCUCAGUUUUACCUAAGUGCAGAGAUAGCUUAUUAUCUCCAAGCCAUUUGCUAAUGUUAGUAAGCUUUGUGCUAAGUAUGCUCUCCAACAUAGUUUUACUUUUGUGAGACACCAGAAGUGUAGAGUCAUCCGCAUAAAGGAACGAUUGCAAGAGCAAGCAUCUUUCAUAUCGUUUAUAUACAGUAAAAACCAUAGAGGCCCGUGCACGCUCCCCUGCGGAACGCCACAACUCAUUGGUUUUGCCUGAGACAGUGACCCAUUAACCUCUACUGUACCUUAACUGUACCUCUGAGGUAGUCUGUGUGAGUCUAUACAUGAUACUGUACCUCUGAGGUAGUCUGUGUGAGUCUAUACAUGAUACUGUACCUCUGAGGUAGUCUGUGUGAGUCUAUACAUGAUACUGUACCUCUGAGGUAGUCUGUGUGAGUCUAUAGCUGAUACUGUACCUCUGAGGUAGUCUGUGUGAGUCUAUAGCUGAUACUGUACCUCUGAGGUAGUCUGUGUGAGUCUAUACAUAAUACUGUACCUCUGAGGUAGUCCCUGUCGGUAUGUCUGACUGCUGCUCCCGCUAUUCCUCCAGGUGGGCGUUCACCCUGAUCAUCAUCUCGUCCUACACGGCCAACCUGGCUGCCUUCCUCACCGUCCAGAGGAUGGAGGUGCCCAUCGAGUCAGUGGACGACCUGGCUGACCAGACGGCCAUCGAGUACGGCACCAUGCACGGGGGAUCCACCAUGACCUUCUUCCAGGUGAAGGGCACACACACAUACAUUCCACCCACACGGCUCCUUCCACUAUAAUAGAUGACCUGUCACUGAUCUUAUCUUAGACCCUGUCACCUCACUGUCUGUCCCCCUCUCCACCUCCACCUCCAUGACUUAUCUGUUUCCUGUCUGAUUGUCAAUAUCCUCUUCCCCCUGAAGGAAAGCUCAGUGCUGCACCUGGAGAGAUAGGCAGUGUGGGUCAGCUGCUGACUUUCCCUGUCCAUCUAUGUAGCAGGCCUCAAAGGAGGCUUUCACCUGUCAAAGAGAAAGAGAGAGGGGGGGGGGGGGGUAUAGAAAGACAGAGAGAGGGACCAAGAGAGAAAGACAGAGACAAAGACAGAAAGAGAGACAGUCAGAGAGAGAGGGAGCUCCUCUCUCUCCUUUAGAUUCCUAUGGGGCCUCUUUUGUGCUCCAGAGCCCAAAGCAUGCCCUCAGAUCAGACCAGAUCUGACCGUGCUUCUCCCUCUUCUUGUCACGUCCCCCUAUAUCACAGAACUCGCGCUACCAGACAUACCAACGCAUGUGGAACUUCAUGCACUCCAAGCAGCCCAGUGUGUUUGUGAAGAGCACGGAGGAGGGCAUCGCCCGCGUGGUCAACUCCAACUAUGCCUACCUACUAGAGAGCACCAUGAAUGAGUACUACCGCCAGCGCAACUGUAACCUCACCCAGAUAGGAGGUCUGCUGGAUACCAAGGGCUACGGCAUCGGCAUGCCAGUGGGUAAGUGUAGAGGGUGGAGGGAAGAUGGGUAGGAGAGAAGGGGAUGGAGGAGAAGGAGGGGUGGGUAGGUAGGAGAAGGAGAGAGUACCAAUUGUAACCUCACCCAGAUAGGCCUGUUGGAUACAUCGGCAUUGCAGUGGGUAAGAGAAAAGACAGAAUUUACACGACUCCAACUGGAGCGGGCAUUUUAUUGGCAAAUGUAUGGGUUUUCUCUGCUCACUCUCCUUAGUGCAGUGUUUAUGAAAAGGAAAUGCUGUCACUGCAUCACUUCCAAAGUCCAUGAACAGUGGAGCAAACUGGAAUGAGUGAAAUUAUUUUCAGCGACUUUUGGUAUGGAAUGGAGUUUGCUUGAAAAAUCUAUAUUUUAUUGUUCAAAGUCAAACCAACAAAUACAUAGGUCAUAGGAAGGUUACGUUUACGCACACACAUAUAGACUAGCACUUCUUGUAAACUGUACUCAUCAUAAUACAUAAAAACACAUGCUACAGGAAACUUUACAGGAAUAUAACUAGAUGCUCACUCAUUGACAAGAUGGUCUUUGCAGGGCUGUGACCCUCUGUACAUCUCCUCCCUCCUCAGGGUCACUGUACCGGGAUGAGUUUGACCUUGCCAUCCUCAAGCUGCAAGAAGACAACCGUCUAGAGAUCUUGAAGAGGAAAUGGUGGGAUGGUGGCAAGUGUCCAAAGGAGGAGGAUCACCGUGCCAAAGGUGCCAUUACUCCUCCAUCUGUCAUUCUCUCUCUCUCUCUAUCCAUCCUUCCCCCUUGUCCUCCCCUCUCAUCUUACUCACCCUAUUUAGACAGGUGUAGUAUCAGGGUCACUGUGAUGCCGACUGUGGUGUGUGUGUGUGUGUGUAUGUUUGUGGUGGUGGGGCGUGGGCAUGUGUGUGUAUACAGUAUAUGUGCAUUGUAUUUGUACGUGCGUUUGUGACUCUCUCUUUCUCUAUUUCUCUCUCUCUGUCUCUCUCCCUCUCUCCCUCCCUCUCAGGGCUAGGCAUGGAAAACAUAGGCGGUAUCUUCGUGGUGCUGGUGUGUGGUCUCCUGGUGGCCAUCUUCAUGGCGGUGCUGGAGUUUAUGUGGUUUCUGCGGCAGACGCCCGGAACAGAGGUGAGAGAGGGCUAUUUUACCUGCAUCUGCUUUGUCUCCCUCUCCCCUCCCUGAUGCUCUCUUCUCCCAGACCCAGCUCAACUCCAGGAGCAGCAAGCCCCACAAGCCCCACUAUGCUGCCUCAUACAGGGGGAUCACACCGCUGCCUAUCCCUGCCAGCCCCUUGCCGAGUGAGCGCCAUGCCUUUAUUUGCCUCCGAGACCUUACAGCACAAAGCCAAAGAUAAUACCUCACAUACAGUAUCUAACUAUCUAUCUACAGGUCUUUAUGUAGGAGACCUCAGCUGUCUCCACUGGUAGUGAAUGUGGCUUCAAAUGCUGUGCUUUUAUUCUUGAACAACCUAAAAUCCGCCCCCUUUGAAUGAACAUUUGAAUGAGACGUAGUUUUGUGGUUUGAAAUGGAUUUAAUUUCAGUUUCUGCUGUAUUUUUUCUGUCAUGUUUUUCUUUACGAAAUAUGAUUGUGUUUUCAAUUGGAUUUGUUCCCGAUACAACACUGUGAUAAAUAUUUCAAAAUAAACCAGCAUGUGUACAGAAAAGCCUAUGCCACCUGACUUAUUUUUUGGGGGACUAGGAAACAAUCAAGUUAGUGUGUAUGCAUACAAACUGUCUAUCUAUCUAAGUGCGUAUUUGGAUUGACUUGUUUGAUUUUUGUCAGUUAUAAUGGCAUGGCUCAUAGCCCAUGUUCCCUUCUAUUACAUUGCACAAAGGGAGAUGCCUUGGCCAACACAGUUGGAAAGUUGGACUGUCUGACUACAGCUCACUGUGAUGUGUGAUUAUCAUGUCUUUCUCUGUUCUCCUCACCCUGACUUAGUCUAGUCCACACUGACACUGUGUGAUUUCAUUGGGAGAGGAGGAAAGGGACACCAGCACACACAGAUACAGUAACACCCAUUGAAUGCAGUUUGAGCAAUAUGGGCAAUGCAGGGCAGGGAUUAGUCUUAUGUUAUGGAGAUGAGAAUGGCUCAUUUUACAAUGGAACCAAUAUUUCACAAUCAUUUCAUAUAAUAUAUAAGAAUGUUAAACAAUUUAGAGGAAAUAUGUCAAUACUUAACCAUCAAGUACCGUAUAGAAUGUUGUACAGUUGUCUGUUUUUCUUUGAAGACCCUAGGUUGUUGUUGUAUUUUCUCAACAAUCUACGUCUUAAGUUCCUUUUGUUAGAUAUUGUCACAUUUAAAUGUCCAGUACAUCCUAUUCUAUCCUAUUUGUGAAGCUGUUGUCUGUCAGUCCGUCUGUCCAUCAGUCUCUGAUCUUGCAGUGUGUCAGUGAGAUCUCCCGGUCUCUCUCUCUUCCCUCUCUCUCCCUGUGUGUGUUGCAGCUGUCGGUGUGUGAGGAGAUGCUACGGGAGCUCCAGGGGAUCGUCCUGUGCCGGGACAGCCUACAGCUGAGGCGUCGGCGGGGGACGACCAUGCUCCGUCCUCGCCCCCUGCCCCUGGAGGAGCGACGGGCACGGGCCGCCGCCGUCAGCCUGAGCAAUGGCAAGCUGUGUGGCGCUGCUGCCAGCCUGCCCCUCUCCGAGCCCCUCUCCCACAGACUGGCGCAGGAGGCGGCUUUAGUGGCACAGGGCUGCAGCCACAUCCGCAUCUGCCCCGAGUGCCGGCGCUUCCAGGGGCUGCGCGGCAUGCGUCCCGGGGGAGGCCCCAGUCACGGCGCCUCUCCCACCCACAGCGAGGAGAGCAUAGAGUGGGAGAAAACUACCAACAGCAGCGAACCCGAAUAA